AAACAGUUCUUUAUCACAGGUAACACAACUGCCAACUUGACCUCUGCAAGUGUGACCUAUUUUCGUCCUGCAACAUUCUUCAUCAGUGGCUUUUCUAAUCUCCCACAUGCAAAAUACUACUAUGUGUUCUUGUGUUUUGUUUACUUUGUGACUGUUUUAGGAAAUUCAUUUAUCAUGUGUGUAAUUUAUAUGUCUCGCAGACUUCACACGGCCAAAUACAUUGCUGUCUUUCAUCUGGCUUUUUCUGAUCUGUGUGGAAGCACAGCUGUGAUUCCAAAACUUAUAGACAUGUUUUUAUUUGGUCACCAGGAGAUUUCGUAUGAAGCAUGCUUGAUCAAUAUGUUUUUUGUAUUUCAUUUAAUGAAUUUACAAUCUAUGUCGCUACUCGUCUUGGCCUAUGACAGACUGGUUGCUAUUUGUUUUCCUCUAAAGUACCAUGCAAUCAUUACAAAAAAAUCUGUAUCACUCAUCUUAGGCAACAUGUGGCUUUUUUCUAUUUUUCUUUUUGCUACACUUGCAGGUUUAGUCAACAGACUGUCUUUUUGUAGAUCGACUGUAGUGAGUAGCCAUUUCUGUGAUCAUGGGCCUGUUAUCAGCCUUUCCUGUAAUAGUAAUUUUAUAAAUUAUCUCAUGGCAUAUAUUUCGUUUGGUCUUCUGAUUUGCAUGCCGAUGCUACUAAUAACCAUCUCAUAUUGUUGUAUUGCUGCGGCUUUAUUUAAGAUCGCUCAUGGCGCUGAUCGAAUCAAAGCUAUGAAAACAUGCACCUCGCAUCUCAUGUUAGUGGCAAUUUUGUAUCUCCCAAUUUUAAGUUUAAAUAUAAAAUCCAUUGCAAUAUCUAUUGAUCUUAACUCUCGGAUAAUUAACAAUUCUCUAACGCAAAUACUACCACCUAUGCUGAAUCCCAUUAUAUAUACUCUAAAGACAGAAGAGGUCAUGCAGGCCAUAAAAGAAAUGUACCGACGCCGUCGAAAGGUGAACACUAUUAUGGAACAAAAUGUGAAACAGAGAAAAUAAAUAUUAUCAUUUCACAUUUUGCUGUUGAAUGAAAUGUCAUGUCCUUUGUUAUGAAUAAAUAUCUGACAGUCUAAAGUUUAAUGAUUACAAACAUUCAAAUGAAUAGGAUUGGCUGUUCAAACAUGAUGAAAUAAUUGUGCAAAUUUCCUAUGUUAUUAGAAUAGUCAGUGACCUCACAUUGUUAAAUUAAAAACAUGUCAUCAGAA